AUGUUGGUCUCUAGCCUGGACAUCCAGGGUUUGGGUUCGAUACACUGCUACUGUACUAAGCUGUACAUUCUUGUGUAUUUCCAGAGUGGGGAAGCUGGUGGAUUCUAGCCUGGACAUCCAGGCCAUCCAGCUUCCCCCGCUGCAGUACCAACACGAGAGACGCUCCCACGACUGGACCAUGGACGACACCAGCAGCUACAGCGGCAUGACGGACGUCACCGACUUCACUGACAGCGGCACGCUCAUCUCCGAGGACUGCUCUAACAUCAAGCUCAACACCGGGGCCAGACUGUACAUGCAGCAGUUCUAUGCCAUGUUCCUGAAGCGGGCGCUCUAUAGCUGGAGGAACUGGAAGGUGAUUGUGGCCCAGUUCCUGGUGCCCCUGGUGUUCACCGUGCUGGCCCUGGUGGUGGCAAAGACCCUCCCCGGGCGCCACGACUCACCGCAGCUGAGGCUGGCACUGGGCCGCUACGGCCCCACCACCGUGCCCGUGGCCCUGGAGCCCGGCAAGGGACCGCUGGCAAUUGCCCUGGCACAGGUGUAUUCUUCACAAUUGGCCGCCCAGGAAGCCCAGGACGUCAAUAUUAGGGACUUCACGGAGUACGUGCUCACCAAGACCGAGGAGGAGGGCGGGGCAUUCAACGAGCGCUGCGUGGUGGGUGCAUCAUUCAGAGGCGGCACGGGGAAGUUUGCCGAGGUCACGGCCUACUUCAAUAACCAGGGCUACCACACGGCCGCUACAGCCCUGAUGAUGGUGGACAACACCCUGUUCAAAAUGCUGGCCGGGCCCAACGCAUCGAUUAUGACUGGAAACAUGCCCAUGCCCCGCAACGUCUCCGAGAGCGCCCAGAGUCAGCUGACGGAAGGUCAGACGGGCUUUGCCAUCGCCAUCAACCUGAUGUAUGGCAUGGCAUCCCUGUCCAGUACCUUUGCCCUGCUCCUGGUCACAGAGCGUUCACUCAAGUCCAAGCACGUACAGCAGGUCAGCGGCGUCUACCUCUCCAACUUCUGGUUCUCUGCACUGCUCUGGGACCUGGUCAACUUCUUCCUGCCCUGCAUGCUCAUGCUGGUGGUGUUCCGGGCGUUUGGGGUCAAGGCCUUCGUAGCAGACAACCACCUGGUUGACGUGUUAUUACUCCUGCUGCUAUAUGGCUGGGCCGUCAUCCCCCUCAUGUACCUGCUCAGCUUCCUGUUCUCCACCGCUGCCACCGCCUACACCCGCCUCACCAUCUUCAACAUCAUCAGCGGCACCGCCACCUUCCUCACCGUCACCAUCAUGACCAUCCCAGAGCUAUAUCUACAGGACCUGUCUCGUAACCUGGACAAGGUGUUCCUGCUCUUCCCUAACUACUGCCUGGGCAUGUCCUUCAGCCAGUUCUACCAGAACUACCAGUUCAUCACCUUCUGCACCCCCAACCCCGUGACCACGGCCUUCUGCCGUGCCUUCAACAUCACGUACCAGGAGAACUACUUCUCCAUGUCGGAGCCGGGGGUGGGGCGUUUCCUGGUGGCCCUGUCCCUGCAGGGUGUAGUCUUCAUCACCCUCCUCUUCAUCAUCGAGAUGCAGUGUGUCAAAACCCUCCGCCGCUUCCUCACCCACCUCGCCAGCAGACGUAAACAGUUGCCUCUGAUGGGGGAUGCGGCCCUACUGCCGGAGGACAGGGACGUAGCGGAGGAGAGGAAGAGGGUUCUGGAGUGUCAGCCCAUAGUAGAAUCUAUGGUGGGGAGCCCACUCAUUCUGCAGGACCUCAGCAAGGUAUACAGCAGUGGAGAAACAGUACUGGCGGUAGACAGACUCUCUCUAGCAGUGGGGAAAGGAGAGUGUUUUGGCCUGCUGGGUUUCAAUGGCGCAGGGAAGACCACCACCUUCAAGAUGCUCACCGGGGACGAGACUGUCACCUCUGGCGAUGCCUACAUUGACGGCUACAGCAUUCUGAGGGAUGUCAAGAAGGUACAGCAGCGGAUUGGCUAUUGCCCGCAGUUCGACGCUGUCCUGGAUCACAUGACAGGAAGAGAAACGCUGAGCAUGUAUGCUAGGCUCCGGGGGAUACCCGAGAAAUACGUGUCAGGCUGCGUGGAGAACGUGCUACGGUCCUUACUACUGGAGCCCCAUGCUGACAAACUGUGCCGCAGCUACAGUGGGGGCAAUAAGAGGAAGCUGAGUGCGGCUGUGGCUCUGAUUGGUGGACCCCCGGUCAUCUUCCUGGACGAGCCAUCCACUGGCAUGGACCCGGUUGCUAGGCGACUGCUGUGGGACGCUGUGACGCGCACCCGAGAGUCUGGAAAGGCCAUCAUCAUCACCUCUCACAGUAUGGAGGAAUGCGAGGCCCUGUGUACCCGGCUGGCUGUGAUGGUGAACGGUCAGUUUAAGUGUCUGGGCAGUCCCCAGCACCUGAAGAGUAAGUUUGGCAGCGGAUACACACUACUGGCUAAAGUACGAGUGCACAAGGAGGUGGAGGAUAGCGACCUGCAACUCUUCAAGGACUUCAUUGAGAGCACCUUCCCAGGAAGUCUACUAACAGAUGAACACCAGGGCAUGGUGCACUACCACUUAACUGACAAGACUCUUACCUGGGCACAGGUGUUUGGCACCCUAGAGGCAGCCAAAGAGAAGUACAACAUCGACGACUACGCUGUGAGCCAGAUCUCCUUGGAACAGGUGUUCCUCAGCUUCGCCCAGUUCCAGCACUGCAGCAGGAAAUAGAUACAGUGAGGGGGAGCUCCAUCUCGCUCUGUUUCUCUCUCUUUCUGUCUGUCCAUCCGUCGUGUGUAUCUCUCCACUCUGUGUGGCUGACCUGUGUACAUGGGCUCGACUAUGUGACGCGCCACUGAGCUCUGACCAGGUCUUGAUCUACAUACACACAGACAGACACUGUGCAGUGAUGGAGCAGAGUUUGAAUCCCUGGACACCCGGUCUUCAACGUGGCCGUGUUACCCCAGCUCCCUCUAACCCCGCUGGGCUUGGACCGCCAACCAGACUGGACCUGUUGAUCCAAGCCUGGGUCUUAACCAUCAACCACUCCUUUCUCUUCUGUUCAAUCAGUUAGUGUGUUGGACAUUUAGGUCAGUACAGAGGCAAGGUUAGGGUUAGGGAGUUCGGGGGGGGGUCUGCUAUACGACCAAGUAAGAAAUCUUAGAUGUUACCCCUUUUUUGUCUUUGACGUUUAAAGACCAUGUAUACAACUGGAUACCACUGGAUAUGAUGGUCUACUCUGUAUAAUACAACCCAGCCUUGUGAAUGUGUGACAGGCAGGGUUGUGAAUGUGUGACAGGCAGGGUUGUGAAUGUGUGACAGGCAGGGUUGUGAAUGUGUGACAGGCAGGGUUGUGAAUGUGUGACAGGCAGGGUUGUGAAUGUGUGACAGGCAGGGUUGUGAAUGUGUGACAGGCAGGGUUGUGAAUGUGUGACAGGCAGGGUUGUGAAUGUGUGACAGACCUUUUUGUGAACUUGUAUGCAGCUUUCUUUAUGAAUGAUUUUUGUCUCAUAUGAUUCUUACUGUGAUCCUAAACAAUUGUGCACAGUGGUUAUUGUUCGUGAAAUUAUUGAAAUAUACAAUGAAGCACUUCAAGUGAUGGAAUUGUAAAACAAAUCAACAAUUUUUUUUUCUUUAUUAGGGUAAAUGCCAUGCCAGGGUAAAUGCCAUGCCAGGGUAAAUGCCAUGCUAAUGCCAUGCCAGGGUAAAUGCCAUGCUAAUGCCAUGCCAGGGUAAAUGCUAUGCUCUAACGCUUGCUCAUCAUUUUUGGUCGGAUGUAAAUGAUUUAAUAGAUUAAUGGUACUGAAGCCACUUCCUGUAGGAAAUCAUUAGAUUGGUUUGCAGAAACAGUAGCUAACAAUUGCAUGUCUGAAAGAACAACAACCUCUCUGCACUGCAUUGCAUGGCACACAAAGUGUGCUUGGUAUUGAGAUGACCUCAGACCAUCAUCAAAAUUCCUAAUUGCAAGAUUCAGAAAGAAAAAACGUCUUGAAGGAUUUGGGCAUGUUGGACUGUGUGGUUUCUAUCCUUAGCAUUGUGUCCACUGACUGAAGCACAACUUCCCUUUCUACGGGCUACAGUAAGUUUGAUACAGUGUCAUAGUUACAGAAUCACUAUGUCAACCUGCUGAGGUACUGAUAUGUUAUUUGACUUUAAGGGAUAAGUCAAUGAUCUUGUGAAAUCCCUGAACUAUCCCUCUAAGUGAGGUAUUUUUUGGUUAGUUUACCCACACUAAUUUAACUGCAGCUUAAGCAUUUCAUGUUAACUUUAUUUGUUUGUGUGCUGUCCCUUUACUGCUGUCAAUUAUACUACUACAGUACUACAAUGUUAUUCCUGAAGGCUGAAACAAAAUGAUGUUUUUGCUUAUCAAUGUGUAGAUGCAUUACAGCUAUGGACCAAUGCACUGUUACGUCCUCUUAAUAUAGAGUUUAGAGUACUUUACUAUAGAGUAACACACCGUCCAGUCAACAAAUCAGGCACCUUUUCCCUCCAUUGGCUGUUUUGUUAUCUCAUUUGCAUACCCUUUCUUAAUGUAAUUGAAUGAAGAGGUUGAAUGAGAAUGUGAGGUUUAAAGACAAUAGCUUCCACAAGAAUGAAAGUAUUUCUGUAGAGACAGAGAAUUCCUGCGUCUUGUUCCAGCAUUCCAUUUAUACAUUUUUUUUGCUUUGUGGAAAAUGUUUAGGCCAAGUCCAAUAUUUAGUCCAAUUGUGUCUAGACAUGUUCACUCUCCUAUGUUCUCCGAAUGCUACCCUGGUUGAUGUGGUUAUGUAUCUAAACUAUCAACAGCAGUCAUGGGAGCAUAGUGUAAACGUCUUAAAGGGGUAGCUGACAUUUUUGUUGCUGUUUUCAGUUAAAAAAAAAGUAAACUGUCCUUUUUAAAAGAAUGUUUCUGAAAAUGGUUAACUUCUCAAUGCAACUGACUGUGAAACAGCCUCUCAUAAGGACCAUGAAGGAUCAACUCUGCCCCCCCACCCCCCUCAUAGCUCACUCAAUCUAGCAAGUUGACUUUUAUUUUAUUUUUUAAAAGCACUUUUGAAGUAAACCUCUGCAACAAUGGCUGUUUCUGGGAUGGUUGAACUUAAGCACUGCGUAGGAUAGUUGACAAACUGAUAGGCAAGUGGUUACAGACUUAAAUAGAGGCUGACGUUCAUGUUUGGAAGACACAAAAUAGGCCUUAUUGAUUAUACAGGGCUCUGUCCUGACAACUUAUGUUUUUGUUAUGUUUCUACAUAUUAUAGAUGCUAGUUCAUCUAUAUGGACAUGUCUUACAGCCAGUGAAAGAGAACUUGAAAACAUUGUGACGAUGAGGCAUAUGAUUAGGAUGAAAUACAAUGUAUCAUAUUUAAAAAGGGACUCUUCAUCAUUGUACUCAUAUGUACUGUAUCAUGGAACUAACCUUGUCUACUGUGUAAUUACUGCUAUUAUUUUUUAAAUUAAAUUUGCUUUAUGCAAAUUGGAACAAAAACAA